AAGUUAGUACUCAUUUUGUUGAGUUGUUGACUGCUUGUUAAUUUACAUCAAUUGAAGAUUUAAGUGGAAAACUUGUUCAAGUUUUUUACCGUUACCUUCAACGUAGUCACCAAUGUGUUUGAACUGUGGGUCUCUGCGUAGAGUUAAAGUUAAAUUUUAGCUGAUAAUCGGAGUAGCUCACAGUGGUUCGACGGUAUUUAUUCAGUCGCCUUUCUAGGCGCAAAAUAGUAAUAAUGUUUUUGGCUAUUAUAACUAUUUUUGCCGUCAGUGCUGCAAUCUGGUUGUACCAUGGUUUUAUAUACACCGUGGCUGCUUCUUUAUUACUUAUAGCGCUAUACGGUUUAGUUUUUCAUUCAAGAUGGUGCUAUGUAGCCCUGCUGACAACUAAAAGGGACCUCCGGGCACUGGUGGCAUAUGCUAACAUUCUGUGGAAGACACGGCUGUUCAGUAAGAGAAAUUGGACAAUACCUGAUAUAUUUCAUGAUGUGGUACAGAAACAUCCAAACAAGCCUUGUUUUCUCUUUCAAGAUGAAGUAUGGACAUUUCAAGAGGUGGAGGACUUCAGUUUACGCAUGACCGCGGUCUUGAAGGCCCAGGGCAUAAGGAAAGGAAGCAUAGUUGGGAUGUUGGUAAAUAAUUGUCCCCAGCUACCGGCAAUAUGGCUGGGUAACGCACGCGUUGGAGCCGUGACACCGUUAAUUAACACUAAUCAACGAGGGAACGCUUUAUUACACUCGAUCAAUGUCGCCAAAUGUGACAUUUUAAUAUUUUCCGACGAGUAUCAGUCAGCGAUUCAAGAUAUAUCAAAAGACCUUAGUCCAUCAUUGAAACUGUUUAAAUUCACACAUCGUCCACUAAAUACUUCAAAUCCUAAAACAUCAAUUGGAGAUGGCUUUACUGAUCUCACAUCUCUUUUGGAAUCUACACCGCCCGCACCCUGGACUUUGGCAAACGGUGACGGGUUCUGUGGUAAACUUCUGUACAUAUACACAUCUGGAACUACUGGACUUCCAAAGGCAGCGGUUAUAUCUAAUUCAAGAUUCGUGUUUAUGACGACAGGCAUCCAUUAUUUCGGUUUGAACAGUUCUGACAUAGUUUACUGUCCAUUACCACUGUACCACACCGCGGGCGGCGUGGUUACUGUUGGCCAGGCCUUUGUGUCCGGAUGCACAGUUGCAUUAAAGCAGAAGUUCUCCGCGUCGCAGUACUUCCCAGACUGUAUAAAAUAUAAAGCAACGGCUGCGCACUACAUCGGUGAGAUGUGUCGCUACGUGCUGGCGACGCCGCGGUCACCCUCGGACACAGCACACCGCGUCCGCAUCAUAUAUGGGAACGGGCUUCGACCACAGAUCUGGAAAGAUUUCCUCAACCGAUUCAACAUCGAGAAUGUCAUUGAGUUCUAUGGAGCCACGGAAGGAAAUGCUAAUAUAGUGAACUUUGACGGCACACCGGGCUCAAUAGGAUUCGUGUCCCGAAUAAUACCAGGCGUGUAUCCCAUCGCUAUAAUCAAAGUGAACCAGGAGACCGGCGAACCGAUAAGAGAUUCUAGGGGGCUUUGUCAGCUUGCGGAACCCAACGAGCCGGGCGUGUUUGUUGGCAAGAUUUCUACCACGAACCCGAGCCGUGAGUACCUCGGGUAUGUGGACAAGGCCGCCUCAGAUAAAAAGAUCGUCAGGAACGUGUUCCAACAAGGAGACACCGCUUUUAUAUCAGGUGAUAUCUUAGUCGCGGACGAAUUAGGGUAUCUGUUCUUCAAAGAUCGUACUGGUGACACGUUCCGAUGGAGAGGCGAGAAUGUCAGCACCAGUGAAGUUGAAGCAGCCAUAUCCAGGGUUGCCGAGCAUAGAGAUGCAGUUGUUUAUGGAGUACUGGUGCCCAAUACUGAAGGUCGCGCUGGCAUGUGUGGAAUCGUGGACACGGAUGGCACUUUAGACCUGGACAAACUAGCGCGAGAUCUCGCGCGCGAUCUGCCCGUCUAUGCUAGGCCUAUAUUCAUGAGGGUCAUGACCAGUGUAGAUUUGACAGGUACAUUUAAAAUGAAGAAAAUCGAUCUGCAAAAGGAAGGAUUCGACGUAAAUUUAAUUAAAAAAGACAAACUAUACUAUUUAGAUACGAAACUCGGUAAAUACUUGCCACUAGGACCUGAAGUGUUUGAGAAAAUUAAUAAUGGACAAAUUAGACUGUGAUCUGUUUGUAUCAUAAAGUUAAAUAGGUUUACUUAAUUUGUUAUCUCGGGUGGUGUUAUACUCAUUUUAUUGUUAAUAAGUUAUGUGAUUAAACAAUAGGGUUCUCUGAUGAACAAUGGGGUUCUCAUAGUUUUAAGUUUAUCGAAUUCGGCAAAAUGUUGGUCGGCAAAUAUUAAGGGAUAAGGUAUUGCAUGCUUGCAUUUAUUUUCUACAAUAUAAUGUAUAAUGAAAGGUGCGUGAUUAGUUAAUGGGAUAUACUUUAUAGAAUCUCCUUGGUUUAUUAAAUCAUUAUUUGUUGAGAAUUCUAUAAUGAUAAUAAUUACUUUAUUUAUAACAUUAUGAAAAACACUUGAAUAUUGUACUACACCGCCAAUCUCUAUAUAUAUUUGGAUUUUCAAUGUAUUUCACAUGUUGUACUUAAGCAUUGGAUGCUAUAUUAUUUGUAGAUACCUAUUUUAAUUAUAUAUUUUUACUAGCAAUGGUGUUGGUUGUGAAUAUGAUGAGCGACAUUCCUAAUAUCUAACUUCCAUUUUUAUGUAAUGGAUGCUCAAUGAAUGAUAUAUUAUGUGAUGGUUUACGGUCACAGUGUGUAUUUAAUUUGUUAUAUACUAUUACGACGCCUUCAAGUUUCAUCUCAGUAUGCCAAGUUUGAAUUUAUUCAAAUAUGUAAUAUGUUACCGGGAAAUUUUAUUCUCUUUGAUACAUAGAAAUUUCAAUAAAUAUUAUAUUUUGUUUAUCUGAGUACAUCUUUUUAUUAUUGAUUUCUAAUUUACAAUUAACUACAAUUUCAGUAUCUACUCCAAUCUGCCAAUGAUUUAUAUAGAAUUGUAACCAGAAUUUCAUUUUUCCUUUAUGUUAAUUAUAUAAUCGUAACAAAAUUAAUCAAUACAUAUUAUAUCAUUUAUUUAUAUUCCAUUUCUAGUUUAGUUUUCAAGGAAUAUGUAAAUUAAGUAUCAAUUCGAUAUAACAUAAGAAAAAGAAAAGAUUCUUAAGAACAAACAGGGUACUUAUUGCGCUUUUAUUUCAGUUUUAUUCUAUUAUUCAUUUUUGGUUUUAUAGACUAUUGUUAUUGAUAUAUUGGCUGUAAUAUAGUUAUAGCAAUCUUUACUACUAUUAUUAUAUUGACAAAUAUGCAUUCAUAUGUCACAAAUCAAGAUGUCUACAAAAUAAAGACAUUUUUUAAAAAAUGUGUUAGAUUUAUAUUGUACUUAGAAACUGAGUCGAAGUGCGUAAAUUAAUCUCAUCGCUGUGGUGACGGGCGGUGGGAAUAUUUUGUUAUUAUUGCUAAUUUUCUAUUAAUUUGCUAAUAAGGAAAAUUGUUUUAUAUAUAAUAACGUCUGUCAAAAAAAUUCUCAGCUCCGAAUUAUAAGCUAACUGCAUAGCAUGCUAACUGUGCAGAUGGUAGUAGUGAAUCUAAGAGUUAAUCAACAUUCCCAAUUUUUAUCAGUGUUUAUACUUUUUUACAUGAAAAGAAACUAAACGGAAAAUAGAACCCAUGAUAGAAAUACACAAUGCACACAGGGUCUUAAGAUUAUUUAUGACAAAAAUUUAGGCGUCAUAAGUCAGAAACGGUGUCACGACUAUAUGAAUUAAUAUAUGGUUACUGUUCAUGUAGUUACUAUAUAAUAAUAACUGAUAAUAAUUAAUUUCAUUUCAAUGCAUAUUUGAAUAUAUAUACUAUUACUUAUAAUAUAUGUAUUAUUAUACUUUCAAGAUAUGUAUGUAGUAUUUCAUUUAAAUACCUGUUGCAGAAUUUACGGAAUUAAACAACACUUACAACUUGUUUAAAAGAAUACAGGCUUUGAAGACUGUCGCUUAAAAAAUAUUAGCUAUUUAAAUGAUUGGCAAUAAUUAUAUAUGUGUAGAAAAUAGUACACUUGGCUUUUAUACUUUACAAAAUGCCUUAUUAUCUACAAAUAUUUACUUAUAAAAGUAAUAGAAGACAAUUUUGCCACUAAACAUGGGUAGGGCAAUGUAUGGUUAGAAUCGUGAUAUCAUAUCGACUUUCCACUUCAGAAUACGCUUUGCCACUUUAUUUAGGAUUACAGGUUUCAUUUAUUAUUAAUAACUAAUAAUUAAACUAUAAUAACAAAAUAAGUGUGUCAAAUUAAGAGUUCACUUCAUUUGCCAACCAUAAUGUAGAUUUGAUAUAAAAUAUCAACUGUGUGCAGAUUAUUUAUAAUUGUAGACUGGCAACAUAUGAUAUGAAUGAAUAUUUUUAAAAGAUCUACUAAAUAGUAAUAAAACUUUUAAAGUUAAAAAUAUAAUAAAAUAUUUUCUGUAGUGAAUAUUUAGGAAUUUCAUUAUAAUGAAGUACUGAAAGGAAAUUAUACAUUUGGUAAAAAUAACUCGAAUACAAAAUGUUAAUUGUUAGAUUUAUAUACUUAAAACUUGUAUUUUAUACCUUAAAAAUGUUAAGGCCGUAUAACAUCGGCAGGACUGGACUGAUUAGGUAAUGUACAUAUUGGUACUCUCGCACACUUAUGGGAAACACUGUUUAAUAGAUGUAGACAGUUCUUUUCGUGUUUAGAUAUUGUAAUCCAUACUAAAAUUCGAAAAUGUGUCUCUCUUUGUUAUUUUUAUGAUUAACAGGUGGACGGAUUUUAAUGAAAAACUGAUUUUAAUUCCCAGCAAGUAUUUCCAAAAAGAUAUUAAAACUUCCAGGAACAUUAACUUUCCUUCCUAAUAAGCUAUAUUUGCAGGUCUUCUAGUAUUGCAAGAGCUUUAAGCAGUAAUAAUGUAGAUACUAUUUAUUCUCUGAGCCUUUCUUUAAAGUUGAUUCGUUCUUUAUUAUGGUUAACAAUUUAAAAUACGUCUUUUGAUAAAACAAUAUGAAUGCUCUUACCCAAUAAAUUAUAAAAAAAACAGUUGCAAUAUUACCCCAGUUUUGGGAAAUAUUAACAUGAUUUUAAUCUCGUUAUAAAGCAGCUUCUUCUGUAUAUAAUUGAUGUAUUAAUAGCAUAAUUUGUGUAUUAUUGUACAGAAAAAAAUUUCAAAGCAAACUAUAAUGCUCUGCACCUGUUAAAGCGGUUGUGGUAUAGUUUACUACUAUACUAUACGAGUAAUAUGUACUUAUUGAUAUUUGUAAUAAUUCUUUUGACAAGAAUCACAGCACCAAAUGUAAGAACAUAAUUAAAUACUGGGUUUGAUUUUGUUAUCGUUGAUUAUAAUAUUUUAUGUUGAAAGUUAUUGGAAUCUCAAUACAAAUUAUGAAUAUAAAAAUUUCCCUAUUUAUUUUUACUUUAUUAAUUU